CCAAUCAACCUCUGCCUCUUGUGACUUUUCACCACUGCACUUGAGUCCCGCUCCAUGUCUUGACCCGUGACAGUUCGAUCUGGCCAGAAACAUGGACCCAGCAGUGGUGAAAGGUCUGCAGGACGCCCUAGCCACCAGGGUCAAGUCUCUGCUUUAGCCCCCGUUAUAUUUGAAGAGCCAGAGGAACCCAUGCAGGUGGGAAGAACUCGUCUCUCUCCCGAAGACUCCAGUGUGGCUUCCCAGCCGCUGGCUCCCGAAGACUCCAGCGUGGCUUCCCAGCUGUCGCCGCCUCCUGAGGACCCCAGCGUGGCUUCCCAGCCGCCGCUGCCGCCCGAGGACCCCAGCUUGCCUUCCAAGUCACUGCAGCCAAGCUCUUCCAGUCACUCCAAUGAGCCUCCUCCUCCCCUCGUCUCCGACGACCGUCCAUCCACAAGUCUGCAGAGCAUCCUCAAGGUCAGAUGGCACGGUCGUGGCUACCAGUACCUGGUCAGAUGGGAAGGUUACGGCACCAAGGAAAGGUCCUGGAUCUCCGGCUCCCUCUUGGACCAUAGGCUCUUCAGUGACUUCCACUCUCUGAAUUCCAGCAGACCGGGUAAGACACCAGGAGGGUACUGUCAUGAUGCUGCUCUUAUUUUGUCCUUUGAGUCCUGUUUUGUUUUCUCCCUCUGUUUCUUCCUGUGGCACACGGCUGGAGCCAAUCAAGCCAAUCACGUCUUGACCCGUGACACUGGUGUCAUUAUACCACCACUAAGGUAAAAGGGGGGGUGGCCAGAGCUGGUCAUGUGACGAGCAGAUACAGUAAAAUCAAUCACAAGCUUCAGGAAGUUUGUAAAUCUAAAUGAACCUACAGCCAUGAAAAUCAAAUUUUCCAUGACCAUACUGUGGUUGAUUCUGGUAAAUCUGCAUCACACUGCCUGAUGACAUUUGCACGUUUACUCUAUUGACUUUGAUCUACAUUCAUCCACAGAUCUUUUUUUUUUUUUUUUUUUUUGAUGAUUACGCAGCUAAUGCACUGUACAAGCAUUGUACAAGCAUGCUAAGAGUUCCAAUUUUUUGAUGAUUCCUCGUAAACAUCAAGUCUGUUGUCGCAGUCGGGGCUUAAGCCAAAAAUAUGU